AUGAACACUCAAGAAAUCAUUCGUGCCUUCCAACCAUCCUCCCAUGCUGAAGCCAUGUUGAGUCUGUCAGCAGUCACUGGAGGUUUCUACGCUCUUUUAUUGAAACCCGUUCAUGAAUUAUAUCCAGAGGCAAAUCUCAACAAAAUUUCACAACAAUGUUUCAAACACAUUGGAGUGCUCAAAGCUCGUGAAUAUUUAUCCAAAGUUCAAACAUUAUCAGAAAUGGAAAGAUACAAUCGUGACACGAGAGGAGUCCUUUUGGUGUUGUUGAAGGCUAUUUUCAAUGCAAGUCCAGAAUAUGUGUUUCAUGUGGAAGAAUUUUCACCCACUGAAUGUAUUGAAUUUCCAACAUUGGUUCAGUUUUUGGAAGGAGCUGCAGAAACUUUGAAUCUUACGAAAUGCUGUCAAGUGAAGGCCGUUCCAUUGUCAGGACAUAAGGUCAAGGAUGCCUCUUUGACAGCACAAGAGAGUUCAAUGCCGCCCUCAAAGGAUGAAUUUUUUGUGAGAUAUUUCCUUACACUUCAUGAUGAUCAACGUUGUCAAUGA